UAUUUUUACGUUUUCUCUCAUUCUCGUCAGCUUCUUGUUCUCUGUUUUGAGGAUGUUUGACGUUUAUGCUGUCGUUUCUUUAGUUUGUUUUUCUUGGUUUUGUUUUGCGUUAUUGUCGAGUUGCGUGAAUAAUAACUUUUACAAAAUUUGUAUUUUGUGUUACUUCAUCUAACUAAAUUUAUAUUUAAAAACAUUAGUGGUCCAGUGUAUGUGUGUACAAGAUAUUAAAUAAUGGCUGCAGCACCAGUGGAAUUGUCGAUUGCAGAAAUAAGAAAAUACAUGCUCAAUAACGAUUUCAAGGUGACAAAUCAUGCGUUGGUUAAGCAUUUCAAGCACUUUCUCACCAAACCCGAUACCCAAAACGAGGCGCGCAAGCUAUUUAAAGUUUACGUAAAUAUUUUGGCUACCAUAAAAAACGAAAAUAAUCAAAAAUAUUUAAUAUUACGUAAAAAGUACAUAAAUGAACUGCCACCCGAUGACGUUGUUCAGCGGGCAGUAGCUGCAGCUGGGGCUGAAGCUAUGCCUAGUAGCCCCGGUGGCAUGUCAGUGAUAUCGGAAAGCGCAAUGGUGUCGCCAAUACGACAGCCUCCACCAUAUGUGCCACCGCCUGAAGUAACAACACCCAACGUGAACUGCGGUUGUUUAGAUAAAAUAGUGGAAGUAGCCACAAUAGAAACCAGUAAAACAGCACAGGCAGUAUUUGCAGAGCCUGAAAUGCAUGCGUUAGACACAAAUAAAAAUCAAGAAGAAAAAAAAGAAUCGGAGGUUGAAAAGCGUUUACAAGCCAUUUUGAAAGAGGAACAACGAGAGGAUAAAGAAAAUAUUCCGCGCUUCUCGUUUUCUUCUGCAGAUUCGGCAGCUUCACUUAGCAGCAAGUCCAGUAAGGAAACAAUUGACUCAGACGUCGAUCCUCCCGGCAAUAAUGUAAGCGUUAAAGAGGCUACUCGUAAAUAUAAUCGGCUUGUGUCUGAGGAAGAAGCAAAAGCAGCUGUGGUAUCACCUUCAGCUAAAAAGAAACCCGAAGAAAAAGAAGAGAAGGCGAAAGAGGAAAAACCAACGCCCGAAGUGACCUUAGCGCAUAAGAAGGCGAAAGAAUGGAUUGUGGCCAUGGCCAAGGCUAACUAUCAGGACUUGUCCAAACUGGCUAAUGAAUAUCCAGAAUUGGUCAAACUACAAGAUCCAUUCACGAACUUGUGGCAUUUAAAUAUUCCAUCCCAUCCAUCAACUGUAUGCCCACAACACCUUUGUGCAUAUACCAUUCGUACAACGGAUACGAAAUUAUCUACCGCUGCACAGCUACAAAUAACCGCAAGCACAUUUCUUAUCAGCCAAAUAUCAAAUUUCGAUCGGAAACGCCUUCGAGCGACUUUGGAUCAAACUGGCAGUCGCAAACGACCACAACUACCAAACAACAACAAGAACACUGACGCUGAUAUCAACGCCGAUUCACGCGAAAAGUAG